AUGUCCGUAGCUGCUGCUUUCAACAAGACUCUCAAUAGAAGAAGUCGGCAACCUCAGUUCUUGCAGAAACAAGAGAAUCUGCCUGGCAGAAGAACCGUGUCUCAUCCUUCCAAUAACUUGAAUAACCACGGGUUUCUUGAUGAGACUGUUAAAUCCCCACAAAGUCCAGUGUAUGACCCAACUGAGUUAGACAGUCCGUUCCAGAAUCUUAGUGUUAAUGAUAAUGCUGGUGAAAAGGGCUAUAGCACCCCCGAGGUUGAUAAUUCCCAACAAUUUGAUAACCAAACGACCCCUUCUAAUCCGAUUGACGGGCAUGGUUCUUCUUAUUUGACUACUCCAGUAGCCCAGAUUAUUGGCAGUAACUCCAAUGUUUCUUCUAGACAUUCUUCUAGAAAUUUCACUGUGCCAACCAGCUUUUUGCGUCACAGUUCUGAUGCAAGGGUUUCUUAUAUUGAUAGUUCUGUUACCAAAGUGGCUAACAUUUGUGCCUCUCCUGAACGUGUGAAUAAUUCUUCAGCCAGAAAUUCAACUUCUUCUAUUGACUUCACUGAAAAACGGAAUAGGAGAAAAUCUUUCAGCUUAAUCUCCGCAGACUCAACCCCAAAAGACCCUCACCAUGAGAAUAAAGUCCACAGACUAUUGGAAAUACCAAAGAAUAUUCCUCAAGAAUUGGUACCAAUUUUAACCUUAUUCAAUUCCCAGCAGGCUAGAGUCUAUAAAGAAGGCUAUUUCCAAUUGACUACUGAAAAGGUCGUGGGCUCUAACUACAAUCGCUCAGUGUCCAAUCCGAUCUCUGAUACUAUUUCUUGUUAUGGAUCGUUGUCUGGUAAUGAAUUGGCGAUUUGGGAUAUCAAUAAGCAAGACUUUAAGCCGAUAUACGUCAAUGUUACUGAUGCUUCCUUCACCAACUACUUUGAUAGCAAUACCAUAAAGAUUAUCAACCCGUCAUCAAAUCAUUAUUUCUUGAAAUUCGAAACUUUAGAGCACCAUAAAGCCUGGUUUUCUGCGUUGAUCCUUUCAUAUUUUGAGUAUAAUAGUUUGCACGAGGCAUAUACUGGUGCCUUGUUAUCCGCAAAAGCUGUCCACAUGAAUGAUAUCAAAAUGAUUUUAGCGGAAACAAGAUACAGCGUCGGUGAGUGGUGUAAUAUGAAACUUAACUAUCUAUCUUCCAAAUGGAUUAAAGUUUACGUUGUUACCGUUCCAAAGCAAAAGGAUAAGUCCGGUCAUGUUGAUAUUUAUAGCUCUGAUAAAACAAGUAAUAAGAAAAACUUGAUUCUUACAAUCAAUAAAGGGUUUUCUUGCGUGAGCGUUUACCCAGCUGUCGCCGAGGCAAUUAACCAGUCUUCUGAACUAAAGGUUGAAGGUGAGAUAACCGUGCAUAACUGGAAAUUUUUAUUAAAUAAAGGGGUUAACAAUAACACCUCUAUUUUGCCGCCAUCUCCAAUGUAUGUGAGCCACGAUGAAUCAAGUAAUGGUACGAAAUCUGGGAACAGAUCGAGAUCCUCUUCAUUCGGGUCUCUUCGAAUUGGUAGAAAAAGAUCAUCAUUGAGUUUAGCCUCCAGCAAUAGUGGUUCGAUGGUUGGUUCAACCAAUGAUAGCUCCAUAACUAGCAACUUCCCUAAUGGUAACAACUUACUGAUGCCAAAUAGCCAAAACGAGUUCACUUCGUCGUUGUAUCUUAUUCCAGAAACACAUCCGGGUGUUCCUGGUUUCGAGACUAUGGUAAGAAUGUUGAUUCCUUUGUUUGAUGCCUUUGAAUUGUAUGGUAGACCAAAAAGAUUACAAUCGAAUAGAUCAGAAUUGAAUAGUUUAUUAUUUGCCUUACCAACAUUACCAAAAUCAAAAUAUCUUGAUUAUGAAGAUACAUUCAAAAUGAUUAAUGACAAAAUCUCGGGCAGACCAGUCCAAAGACAGAGCGAUAAUCUUAAUAAUUUUGCUAACAAGAAAAAGACUACUACUACUACUACAGCAACUUCUGUGAAAAAAAAGAAAUCUUCGAGUUUACUUUCGAAAUUCAAGAAGCUUAGGGAGGAUAAGGAUGAAGGUUCAGUUACACCGAUCGCUACUCCUGACCAUGUCAUCGAGGUUUCUGAGUUUGAACCAGGAGUUCCUGUUGAGCAAUGGACAAAUAGAGAAUGGUUGUUCUUCUUGAAGCAUGAAUUGAAGUACAAAAUACUGAGAGGUUAUGAUGGUGCUGGCCAUUUGGUGGAGGAUUUUGAAUCUUUGACAUGA